CUCGCUGCAAGAUACAAAUAAAUAAAUAUAUAAAUAACCGGACUCGAUAAAAAAUCUCAAAAGACUCCAGUUAGCAGUCCAAAUCCAAGUCAGUGAACUGGAAAGAUCCUCGAUAAAUUUGAAAACCCGAAAACCAGAGGGUUAAUACUCGGGGAAAGCUGAUCAGGGGAAGAGAUAUAGAGAGAGAAGAUGAGGAUUACUGUAAUGACAGCGGACGAACAGAUCCUCAGUUUAGACGUCGAUCCUCAGGAAACUGUGGAAAACGUAAAAGCUUUGUUAGAAGUAGAGACCAGUGUGCCCCUUCAGCAACAGCAGUUGCUAUAUAAUGGCAAAGAGAUGAGGAACUCUGAGAAGUUGAGUGCCUUGGGUGUUAAGGAUGAGGAUUUAGUGAUGAUGGUCUCAAAUACUUCAUCCGGUGCAUCUACCAAUGAUUUGGGCUUCAAACCUGAUGGAUCUGCUGUGAAUCCUGAAGCUUUCCAGGAACAGAUUCGACGUGAUUCAAAUACAAUGGCACAGUUAUUUCAGACUGAUCCUGAGCUAGCGCAAGCAAUUGUUGGGAAUGAUCUCAAUACGUUACAGGAUCUUUUAAGACAGCGUCAUCAGCAGAGAUCUGAAUUACAACGUCAACGAGAUGAGGAGCUCGCCCUCUUGUAUGCAGAUCCUUUUGAUGUUGAAGCACAAAAGAAAAUUGAAGCUGCCAUUCACCAGAGAGGAAUUGAUGAAAACUGGGCAGCUGCUUUGGAAUACAACCCUGAAGCUUUUGCAAGGGUGGUUAUGUUGUAUGUUGACAUGGAAGUUAACGGCGUUGCUUUGAAGGCAUUUGUUGAUAGUGGUGCACAGUCAACGAUAAUAUCAAAAAGCUGUGCUGAGCGAUGUGGAUUGCUGAGGCUUUUGGAUCAACGGUAUAAAGGUAUUGCGCAUGGAGUUGGUCAGUCAGAGAUCUUGGGCCGGAUACAUGUUGCUCCAAUCAAGAUUGGAAGUAACUUCUACCCCUGCUCCUUCUUGGUGCUGGAUUCUCCCAAUAUGGAAUUCCUCUUUGGGCUGGAUAUGCUUCGCAAGCAUCAGUGCACAAUUGAUUUGAAGGAAAAUGUACUGAAAGUUGGUGGAGGAGAAGUUUCUGUACCGUUCUUGCAAGAAAAGGACAUUCCAUCUCGCUUUCUUGAUGAAGAGAGGCACUCUAAAGAGGCAUCUAGCUCAGGAACUGCAGUGACAAUUGGGCCAACAGAGAAGAGUGCUGGUGUGCCUGGGGCUAGUCAAUCUUCAGGAGUUGCAAGUGGUGGCACAUCACUGGGAGAUAAAUUUGAAGCCAAAGUUGCGAAGCUUGUUGAGCUAGGGUUCGAAAGAGGUGCAGUGAUACAAGCUCUUAAAUUAUUCAAUGGAAAUGAAGAGCAGGCUGCAGGAUUUCUCUUUGGUGGUUAAAGAUAACUUGCCAGUUCUCGACUUUCCCUUCUUAAGUGCGGGGAAAACCAUUUAUUUGAAGAUAUUUUACAUCACAAAUAUUGAUAAUUUGGGUACCCGCUCAUAAGCAUUAUUUCAAACUGUUUAGCAACAGAAAUGUAGACAUCAAAUAGAAAUUAAAACGCAUUCGUGUCUCUACUUGGCGUGAUAUUGGUGGAUUGUUAUGUCUUUCUUCCUCCCACCCCCCUUUCUUUUUCUGGGUUGUUUCAUUAUUACAUUUGUUGGGUACCCUGACAUUCAAAUUGCUGUAUGUCUCCAAAGAUGUUUAAUUAUUUCAUUUUACAACUUAUGUAGUGGUCAUAUAAUGAUGAACAGCACUUGGUAGCUUGAAA